CGGAUUCCUCCUUCCCCGAAAUUUUCUGCCCUCAUUUUCUCUCCUCCCCGAUCGAUGCUAUCUCAUCCACUCACUACACUCGGAUUCUCACAACCGCUUCCCACCUCACUCGAAUUUUUCAACUGUUCUUCAGCACCUCCUUCGUGCCACACUCCCCGCAGACUCUCUCUCGUCGUCCUCUGUUUCAGAUCGGAGCCCUCGCCGAAUUUUGCUGAGCAACUUCCGUCACCGUCGCUGCCGAAGACCUCUUCGGUGCCAGCGCCAUAGCACGUCCCUUCUCCACGCCACUUUUGGUGAUUUGCGACGCCGAGCAUCCCCACCUCUGCCCCGUCGUGCAUGACCGCUGGUCGAGCCGUCGACGAUCACCCCUUUCUGAAAGCACUGAAACAUCGAGAGUCGGUCAGACAUACUCAAAUGGGGAUAACUAGGGAGAAAAAUCGCUCUCAUUCGUCAACAUCGCCUUGUUCGCAUCUCAGAGCUGCCUACCACAAUUGCUUCAACAGGUGGUAUUCAGAGAAGUUCGUCAAGGGGCACUGGGAGAAAGAGGAAUGCAUUUCUGAGUGGCAAAAGUACAGAGCUUGCCUUUCUGAACAUUUGGAUGACAAGCAUCUGAGUCGAUUUUUGGAAGCAGAGACCGUUGUCGAUGCGGCCAUUAAAGAUGAUUCCGGAAACCCAGUUGAUGGUGCAGCUACUCGUGUAGCACAGUGAUCCAAGCUCUUACUUUUAUUACUCCCAGGAUAAAAAAAAAAACAGGUGAAGGUAAUCAUUGAGAGGCUGAUUUACCUAUUCAACCGAAUAAAAAAGAGAUCCGUGAUCAAUUGGGACUGCAAAAGCUAUUUCUUUUUCAGUAGGAAAGUUGUGUUUCAGUGGCACAUACUCUGAUUACCUGGUAUUGAAGAAGAGGGAUCAGGAAAAUGUGAUAAUAAAGGUGGACGGUAAACAGACUAUAGAGAGUAGAAGUAUAGAUGAGAAUAUUAGAGUCUCGUGAGGCGCUGUUAUUAACUGGAAAUAUGGUUUUAUGUCAUGUGUGCUACAAAAACAUGCACUAAUAUUUUCAUUUUUAUGCAAAAUUUAUAUAAAAAUUCUUGAGUUGCUACAUGCACUCUUGUUUUGUUGGUCA